UCUCCUCUGCACUCCUCUUCUCUGUCAUUUUCUCCAUUUUCUUCUUCCACCAUGUGUGUGGCAGACGAACUAUGUGAAGAGCUAUUUCGUUGGUUAAAGCAGCAGGAGAGAUGUGCCGAUGAUCUCAUGGCUUUGGCCCACAAACUGGAGGAAAUGAGGGAGGUAAUGACUGCGGGACAGUUAGUGGGGAACACAGCAACUGUGCUUGGGUCUGCCACUCUAAUUGGAACGGGUAUUGCAACUCUUCUGACUGGAGGCCUGGCUUCACCCUUGCUGGUAGCGGCAGCAGGAAUUACAGUUGGAGCAGGUACUGUGACCAGUCUUGCACUUUCACUUGUAGAAAAAUGGAAAUCCAGUGAUACAAUGAAAAAUGCAGAGAAGACCGCUGCCCAAAUCGAAAAGAUUCGGAAUAACAUUGAAAGGCUCCAGAAGAAACUGUCGGAGGAGUGUGAGAGUCAAGACUAUGACGCGUCAUUCUCUGAGGAAGUGCAGUUCGAAAUCACAGCAAGAAUCCUGAGAGCCAUGGCUAGACGGAGUGGGCGAGAUCUGCCCCUCAGCCGCUUGAGGCACAUAUUGAGGAGUGAUGGCAUGUAUAUUCAUUACAGAUAUCCAGGGUUCAAUUCAAACCUUGCCUUUUUCCAAAAUGUUAGUCUGUUGCUAGGAAUCUUUGGAUAUUCCGUCCUCUUUCUUAAAACAACAGCAAUAAAAGGAGCAAAAUAUUAUACUCCACUUAUGACUGAAGGAAUGGCUGCUCUUUCACUAAAAGCGCUGUUAAAGGGAACGGGUCAGGCCAUAGGAGGACUUCUCGGGCUGGCACUGACAGUUCCUGAUCUGAUAGAUAACUGUGAAGAAUUGAUUAAAAACAAACAUCAGACUGAAGCGAGCUUAUUUCUCAAACAAAAAGCUAAUGAGAUUCGUGAAGCCGUGAAAAAAUUAAAAAAGCAAUUAAAUGAAUUGCAGUAA